CUUCUUCUUCUUCUUCUUCUUCUUCUUCUUCUUCUUCUUCUUCUUCUUCUUGUACUCUUGUGUUGACCACGUUUCGUGAGAUAAUGGAGAGGCUUCCAGAGACAGAAGAAGAUACAUCUUGUGCAGUGUGCUUGAACCAGAUGAAGAUGGAAGAUGAGGUUAGGGAACUAAUGAACUGCUACCAUGUCUUCCACAGAGAAUGCAUCGACAAAUGGUUGGACAAUGAUGACAACAACCAGAACCCUACUUGCCCUCUUUGUAGAGCACCUUUGCUCACUCUUAAUCAUUGCAGUUAUUCUUCAUCAGAGAGCUCUUUUGGUUGUGUGCCACCAUCUACUCAACCUAGUUGGGCUGUGGAGAGACUUCUCUACCUCUUCGGAGAUGAUCUUCUUCCUUGCUAGCUAUAUAUGUAAUAAGAAUUGUGCAGAGGUGAUUAAUGUAGAUCUAUUAGUUAGUUAGUUAGAGGAAUUCAUUAUUUAUUGCGUUUGAUCAUCAAUGUUUGGAGCUGCAAUCAAUUAGAUGAUACGAGUAGAACUAGGCACAUUAUUUAGGAUUUUAAUUUGUUUGUAUAUAGAUUUUUUUUCCCCAUAUCUGCCAAAUGAUGAUAUGAUAUAUAAUUCCAUUCUUGAAUUAAUAAUGGCCAUCUGUUUAUUCUGCAAAUAAAUGUUGAAAUAUAUACAUCUUUAUUUU